CCGAAUUUGACUGUUUUGCGGCAUUUGGGCUGCAGACGACGCGACCGUGUGGACUGUUCAGCUGUGUCGACAAGACACGGGAAGAAAAUCAGUGUACAAAUCGUCCUUCAGAGCUAUUUUAGCUAGUUACCUGUCGUACAGACGUCACUAUGGCACCAGGAAGCAAGAUAAAUCGGCCUAAAAUCGAAAAACUGAAGAACCCCCGGAAGUUCAAGAGACAGAUGAAGGCCCAGAGGAAGAGGCAGUUUGGGAUAAAGAUGGCGGAUGUACAGGACAAGGAGAUCAUGCCAGCCUCACAUCUGCUCAAGAGAAGUUGAAGUCCAGAAGCCCCAGCCAAAGCAGAGAAAAACAAAGUCUGAUGUAGAAAUGAAGACAGUGGACAUUCCUCCAGACACAAGACAAGACUCUGGACAAGAUGUUGAGAUGCAGGAAUAGUUUUAUUUCCUCUGGAAUUCUCAACACUAGUACUACUCCAUCAUGUGUAUUGUGCAUUAUCAACAUAUUCCAGAGAUAUUACAAGUACAUGUACAUGUAUGUCCAAAAGUUUUCUCAUCAGACUUUUCUGAUCAUUUUCAUGAUCACUUUUUUUGCAUUAGAAUCUAUGUAAUUUGAAUCAAGUUGCUUGAACUUAAUCUUACCUACUGUAAAUAAUCAGUGUUAACAGGUAUGCAACCUAUUCCAAAUUUACAAAAUAUGUAGGUUCCACAUUACUCUAAAAAUACAAUACUCAUUCAACAGAGCUGGUAAAAUAUUAUUAAGCAAAAAGAGAAUUGUACUCAUGUACUCUGUAUACAUCUAACAGCAUCGUGACAAGAUAUACAUUGUAUAUUGGUUUUCAGAUUAAGAGACUUACACAUGCUAUAUGUGUAAUGUCAGAUUAUCAAAACUGUCUGAAGUGCUGUAUAUACUGUAUCAUUUGGCCUCUCAUGCAUUUCAUUUGCUUCUUCCAUCAAUAAUGUGAAUACAUUAUACUGUACAAGUUUUUUGUUUAUUCACAUGCCUAUCAAGAAAAAGAGAUAAUUUUUAUACAUUUUACAUUGCAACACUAAAACUUUUCAGCCCUUAAGGUUACUUUGAUAUUGUUAGAUGUAUUCAAAUCUUCUACCUCUACAACACUACAUGAGAUCUGAGUUUCUAUAACUACUGGUACUUUGUGUAACUUACACUACAUUUCUUCUACAUCUACUACUACUAACUACAUCCUACUACUACGGUAGCCUCUGAUAUUAUUAUGGAUAGAAUAUCUCUGGUAUAGUACACUUACGUGAUGGAUAUAUGUAUACUAUACAUAUUCAUGUAGGUGAUAACUUACAAAACCUGUUUCAAGAUCUUCCUAUAAUUUGGAAAAGACUUGGAAAUGGAAGCACAUGGUUAGGGUGAAUACGAUUGGCAAAAUUGAAUCUCUUGUAAUAUGCAAUGGUGUGCUAUUAUUUUAGAUACACAUGUACAAAUAAAUAUGCAACAAAUAAU